UCUCCCCGCAAUCCAUUCACGGGCUUCCCAACUUCUGCAUUUCAUCUUCACUUUAUCUUCCUUUCUGUCAACACUAACACUUACUCUGUGAUAUCACUCCACUAGCUUCUUAUCAUUAUAUCUACCUCAUCUCUGACUUUCAAAUCGCAUACCCAUCCAUCUCACAGCCUCAGCCUGGUCACCAAAUACUUUUCAAUUUCCCAAUCAACCCGCUCAACCUUAGCCAUGAGUCCCAUAAAACCCUCCCGCCCAACAACACGGUCUCAAACCCAAACUCAAACCACCCGUAUCCAACCACGAAAAGCAGCAAGAUCCUCCACUCCACCCCCCUCCUCCCAACCCUCCCAACCCUCCCAACCCAUAGCUCUGAAACGUAAACGCCGCAUCCGCCGCGCGGGUGCCGACCCCUGGACUCCUAAACGCAAGAAACCUAAGACCACUUCUCCCCGUCCGCGCAACCCACCCCCAACCCACUAUACCUGUCGAAUCUGCGCUGAAGAGCAACCUAUCGACCAAUUCAUCAAAUGGGUUUCACCAUCUCGCAAGCUGCGCAUUAACCGCUUCUCCUCCGCUCUAGACAUCCCCCAUCCUUGUAUCGCGCAUCUAUCCCGCAAUCCUCGCCGGAAAAAUGACCCUGUGUGCAAGACCUGCAUCAGCAAUAGCCUCUCUGCCAAGCUCGACCAACUCGGUGCACGCAAACUAAGUCAAGGCUGCUUGGAGCCUGAUUGCUAUACCUACUGGUCUUUCGAGCACAUCAUGCGGCACCUCCCCGGCACCGCGCUCGAGAAAUACAAUAUCGGGAUGUUGCCUGUAUGGCGGGAAUCUGUGCAACUCAUGACGUGCCCCGUGGAAACGUGUUCCGCAAUUUCCCUUAUCGAUCCAUUUGCGCCAGGAUACCCACACGUCGCUUGUCCAUCCUGCAUGCAGCGGCUUUGCGCAACAUGCCUGAUUCCUUGGCAUGCGGGGCUCACGUGCGCAGAGCAUGCGGCACGCCAUGUGCAGGAGAAGAUGACAGCGCCAGAGAUAGAAACGCUGGAGAUCAUGCAGGCCAAGGAUGGGAAGCGAUGUCCGAAUUGCUUCAUGGUGAUUGAGAAGGAUGGUGGGUGUGACAGUAUGUAUUGCAUGGGCUGUCGGACAUAUUUCAAUUGGGCCACGGCCGCGAGUGCCGUGCCGGGCAAGGGAACGAAGGUGGUUCCGCCUGACGUCUUUGGUCUUGGAGGCCAGCCGGUUGUUUGUGAAAUGGAUAAACUGGAGGGGAAGGGUGUGGCGGAGGAGGGUCAGAGUGGGCUUUAUGCCGUUGCGAGUGCGGCGUGACUUGCAAUCAUACGGUUUGCUAUCUAUGCGGGUCUUAUCCGCGUUUCAUACACAGAUCGUGAUAGGGAGCAGGAGUGGCAUGAGUAGCGCUCUGUGACGAGUGCUAAGUCUUCAGGUAUCAGUGCUCAGGCUGCCGGCUCCAAU